AUGCCGAAAAGGUCCGUUAAUGCCCGACAGACUUCAAAAGCUUUUCAGUGUGGUCCAGGAGGGGGUAAAGAAAGUAUCAGUUUGGAUGAACACCAAAUUGCUAAUGAGAUUUUAGAAAAGCAACUAAAAAUUUGUGGCUACAAGAAUGAUAAAGAAGUCAUAUAUCUAUACCUUGGUGAAAAUGGAUUAAAAGAUGUUCCUCAUUUAUCACGGUUCCGGAAAUUAAGAAAUUUGUGGCUAAACAACAAUAAGAUUCAGUAUAUAACUUUCGUGAAAUAUAACUGUUACUUGACAGAAUUAUAUCUUCAUAAUAAUGAUAUCAGAAAUAUAACAGGUGCUCUGAAAAAUUUACAUUCGCUACAGAUCUUACUGCUUCACAACAAUCAGCUAAAAAAUUUGAAUUUGACUGUGAAAGAACUACAAGGACUGCGAACCUUACAUACCUUAAAAAUAACUAGAAAAGAAAGAGAAUCAGCGUUGCAUAUCUACAAUCAUGAGAAGACUCUUGUCCUUCAGUCCAUAGGAUUUGGGAAAAGAGUCGAUAUACCUUUGUUGCCAAAGGCAGCAUUAAGACUGUCACCCACAAAAGUGUUGCACUUGCCUCCAGGUUUCGAGUUUGGAAAUCACUUAGUUAAAAUCCCAUUUGCAAAUCCAGAAGAUGCUGUCUUUUUGCGGGCAAUGAAGCGUGGCAUGAUUGAAUUUUCAACUGUGGAUUGGGGGAAAAUGCCUACCUGUGAAGAAAAACGCCUUGGCAGCAGUCCAGAGAAAAGGCCAGAAAAACUGACCAUUAGAUUCAGAUAA